AUGAGUGUGCCAGCUGUAGGUCAACGUCAGUCGUUUGACGGACAUUUGGGUACCAUUCGGUAUGUGGGCACCGUUCAAGGGACCACCGGUGACUGGUUGGGUGUUGAAUGGGACGAUGCAACUCGAGGCAAGCACUCGGGCGAGCAUAAAGGCGUCAGAUACUUCUCAUGCAAAAGUAAUCGUCUCACGGCGGGGUCUUUUGUUCGCCCCUCCAGGCCUUCAGACCAGCCUCGGGGCUUUCUAGAAGCCCUACGGGAGAAAUAUGCCUCUGAAUCUGAACAAGACUUUUCUCAUGAUACCUUGUUGAGUGGAACAGCUCGAGGCAAGGCAAUCGAAAUUAGCGGCAAGGUAGUCGAAGAAGUUGGCUUCGACAAGAUUCGGAAACAGCUCGCUGAGCUCCAGGAAUUGCGCAUUGUCCUGCUUGAUGGCUUGCGAGUUGUCGGGGUUAUCGCAUCCUACGACCAGGAUCAAGCGUCCCAUAGUGAAGCAGUUCACAAGAUUGGAGAAACUUGCCCCAAGAUUACGGACCUUGAUCUCAGUCGAAACCUACUAAGUCGCUGGCGUGAUGUUUGGGAUAUCUGCAAUCAGCUGAAGCAGCUGAAGAAGCUGAAGUUGAGUGGCAACCGAUUCCAAGCUUUGGGAGAUAACUUGAUGUUCAAUGGGAUCACCGAGCUACACUUAGAAGAAACCUUGCUGACCUGGGACGAAAUUGCUGCCAUUGCAUCUCGAUUCCCCGACUUGACAUCUCUCACAGCAUCUGCAAACCAGCUCUCUGAGAUAACCUGUCCCCUCCCCAGCACUAUCACAACAUUAAACCUCGAGCACAAUGAGAUCGCCUCAAUAUCAGCUCUUCGGCAUCUCGCCGCGCUUCCUAACUUGGAGCACCUAUCUGUUCGUGGGAACUGUAUCAGCACCGUGAACGAAAACACCACAGAUACAACCCUAGAUUUCCAAUUUCCACCGACCCUCCGCUCUCUCGACAUUUCCCGCAACAAUAUCACCUCCUGGAGCAUUCUUAACAAAGUUUCCACCGUAUUCCCAGGGCUAACCACCCUCCGGACCACUGGCAAUCCUCUCUUCGACCAAUCGCCCCUCCCAUUAUCCGUCACAGACGCCUCCAAACCAAUGACCAUCGACGAAGCAUUCAUGCUAACUCUAUCUCGCUUCCCGCCUUCCCUCACAGUCCUCAACUACAGCACCAUCUCACCACAAGAUCGCUCUAAUGCAGAAAUGUAUUACCUUUCCCUCAUUGGCAAAGAACUCUCCGUCACGACCGAGACAGAAGAGCCCGCUAUUCUGGCUACACACCCGCGGUACAGCGAGCUGUGCGAGCUAUAUGCUGAGCCAACAAUCACAAGAGCCAUCAUAUCGGAUUCCUCUGGGGCGAGGGUGAUCCACCCGCGGUCUGUGGCUGCGCGGUUAGUCAAGAUGGCGUUCCGUCUGCCGCAAGAGGAUGACACAUUCAUAAGCCAUAUCAAGGAAAUCCCCGGUUCAUUUGAUACCUACCAGGUCAAGGCCAUGGUAUCGCGGCUCUUCGGACUACCAGCGUUUGGCUUCCGGUUGAUCUGGGAAACUGAUGAGUGGGAUCCUGUGGAAAAAGAAACUGGCGCUGACGCUGCUGUUGAAUGUGACGAGGAUAGUGAGGAUGAGGAUCGCCCUGAUAUUGCUCCUGGGCCUGAACGGACAGGCGAAGAUCUUGAUACGAGCCGGUUCGUGCGCAGAGAGGUUGAGCUAGUUGAAUCCACGAGGGAUAUUGGGUUCUUGUUUCAGGGCGAGGUGGGAGAGGUGAGAAUUCGGGUUGAUGUUCUUGACACUGUCUCUACGAGGUAG